UGAAUUGUUAUGUUUUACAAUUAUUCAAAUAUUUUACUGAAUUAAUAAUUGGUUACAUAAUUCUAGCCCUAUGCUAGUGUUUGCAUAAUUGAUUUCAUAAUCGCUGAUAAUGAUGCAUACCACCUCUGAAAUGGGUUAGUUUAUAUUCAGUUUUUUCUUGUAGUUUUUUUCUUCUGAAUUUUUGUCAUUUUUGUUGCUGCUGUAGUUGGUAGUUCUGUUUCUGUGUGUUUGUAUGAAUAUUGGACUGUAUUUCUAGGAGAGUGUAAAUGGCUAAAACUUAUGUUUUUAGAAUUAUUUUUAGUGAAAGCAAUCAUGGGACUUGCAUUAUACCUUUAUUUUCUUUUCUGUCUAAUAAUCUUAUAUUUACCACUCAGAUAUCAUGGUUGUCCUAUGCACACAUGUCCGCAGCCUUGCGCUUAGAGGUGAUACCGUGCUAGAAAACACAAUUUCACCUCUGACUAGGCAGGUUCCAUAACAGAUAAUUGUGGGGUGGAGUCUAUGACUAUAAGUGUUUUGUGAAUGUUUAUUUUGUAUAUGAAUGAAGACUAUAAGUAUUAUGGAAUGUUUUUUAAGAUAUGGUGACUUAAUUUUUACGAAUUUUUUUAAUUUUUGCAUAUAAAUAUGAGUUUUUUGGAAGUAAAGUUUUUAUAUUUUAUAACAUAGGUAGUGUUUUUUAUCAUUUUCUAAAAAUGUCUUGUAAUUUUUGUGCACAUGUCUUAUAUUCCUGGACAAGGAGGUGACACACCUGUUUUAAACAGCUAACGAUAACUGACAACAUAACCUGAGCCAGAUCGUUAGUGAUUUCUAUAAAGCAUAAUGAGUGAGUUUAAAAAAGUGAUCAUGCCCAAAAAACUUUAAACAGUAGUUUUUAAUGUGGCAUCAGUGUAAGAAGUUUGAAGCAGAAAGCCUUAAUGAAGACAUUAUUAGUGUGCAUCAGUGUAAAUGUUAAUUGGAAGAAUUUACUUCAGCAUUUAAUUAAAAACUUUAAUGCACAUUUUCAAAUAAAUCAUGAGUGCUUUGCACACUAAAACUAUGUUAUUUUGGGUUAGAAGAUGGAAUCUUAAAUUAUGUGAAUUUGGAACUUGGGUAUAAUUGAAUGUAGUUAAUUAUGUGAGCUUUUCACAAUGGUUUGAAGUCUGAACUUUUGAACUGGUAUUUGAACCAUUUUCUUAAGAAUAGAGGUUUGGAAGCCAUGAUUAAAGACGAGAAAGAAUCGCAGUGUGAAAAGACUGGUACUACUACCAGCACAAAACCUGAUCUCCAGAUAUCUCAAAGUCAACCCACAGAGACUGUGAUAAAAGAAGAGCCAGGUGCGGAGUCUCUUUUAAACAGCCUAGAAGAUGGGGAAGUCAGCAAAGCGAGUGAAACAGGAAGUGCUACUUCCAGCUGUAUUCAUUCCGAUAUAAAACUUUGUGUUGGGUCAACGAAUGCUGUCACAUCAUCUAUGGGUACAAUUUGUACACCUUCCAACACCCAGGCAGCAGCUGAACUUGGUUUAGUGGAUAGCACAACAGCAGAAGUGGCAAAAUCUGAAGAUGACAAAGCAAAUGACAAGUCAUCUGUGUCUAUAAAGCACGAGUUGAAUGGGAAUGGAGCCAGUGAACUGACAGAUCAGUGCGAGGUUCCUGGGUCCCUGAACAUGUCAUUGUCCACAACGUCUGGCCAACCACCGAGUGGCAUUCAACCUUUACCGAGCAAUGUGAUCAACAAACAACCAGGGACAAUGGAAGCUCAGUACAUGCAGCAGCAGAGCCAGAUAUUUGUGUUCUCCACGACGUUGGCCAACAAGUCGGCUGAUGCAGUUUUCCAAGGACAAUUCCCUACCAUCAUUGCAUACCAUUGUGCACAGCCAGGAACGAAAAAAUAUUUAGAGAAACAUCCUCUGAAAGUUAAUCAGUUCAACCGUCAGAACCCUGCCCAGUGGCUAAAUAGUCUGGCUCAAAUAAAACAAAAAGGUUCUCCAAGCAUAAUGAAAGGAAUUAACUCAAUUGGAAUGAGUGGCUCAAAUGAAAUGGGACCUAAUAAUAACCUCAUAAAUAGCAUAGGAAUGUGGAACCAGGGAAACAACAUAAUGAACAGCCUUGGCUCCACAGGAAAUCCUAUGAUGCAGCCAUGUCCCAAUAAUGUGCUACCUGGUUGUCCUGUUUCGAGUUCAAUGGUACCAGGUGGACCCGGGAAAAGUACUGGAUUGGAAAGCCCUUGCCUUAUGUCUGGCUCGCCAAACACCAAUCACCUGCUUCCAAGUGGAAUGGGUCAUCACAGUCCCAAUAUGGCUUCAAACAGUGCGAGCAUGCUACCUGCUGGUGGACCAGAAGUGGUUGGUAGUCCAAUCGUGAAUCCACAGCCAUCUCUGACAGGUGUGAAAGUUCCCGAUGAGAAUUUAACUCCUCAACAGAGACAGCAUCGAGAGGAACAACUAGCAACACUGCGGAAAAUGCAGCAGAUGUUGUUUCCAGAACAUCAGUCACCUAUCCAAGAUGGAAGUGGUAUUUGCCAAGCUCAAGAAAACAUGUUUGUGCAUGGUAUGGGUUCAGUUAUGAAUAUGGCAGGACUUGGGGCUAACGGGGGACUAAUGAGUCAAAAAAACAUGGUUAUGGCAGGGAUGGGGGGUCCAGGCUCUGUGACUCCGACGUCAGUUGCUGCUCAAAUCGAAUGGCAAAAACUGCAGACUCAGUUUUAUGAAGAUCGUAAGAAGAAGACACCGAGUUCUAACAUGGUUAUCGGGAGUAGUGCAAGCUGUGGACCGAGCUUAGGAAGUCCUGCUAGUACAGGAAUGACAAGCCAGCAUGUUGUGUCAAAUGUUUCUGGACCAAGAUCUACAGGCUGUACAGGUCCUCGUGUUCAAGGUCCUCCGCCUCCUUAUCAUCAAACACAAAGGUCUGCAAGUGUUCCUACCUCAAUGUCAAGCCCAAAUCCCAGCUCUCCCAAUAAUCCAACAUCUAAUUUGUCUCUUCCUUCUCCAUGUGCUACAUCAGGGCUGAACUCGCCGGCAGAUCCAAACCGUCAGCCUUUUAACAGUAGUUCUGGCCGCCUGGUUUCUACAGGACCCAGCCCAACUGGGUUGCACAGUGCGUCUUUGGACUCACCGGGUUCUAAUAGGCCAUUGAACGCUAGCAACCCAGGGACGCCUGUGUCCACUCAUUUGUCACCAAGUGCUACUCGUAAAGAAGGACAUAAUGGCUCCGAGUUUUCAGCUUUAACACCAACAGCUAACACAGCAGUUCCAAGCCAACACCCGCCAGUUGACGGUAUGUUCUGCCGCACACUUCAGUCUUUAGCUCAGCAAAAGCAACAGCAGCAGCAGCAACAACAGCAGCAGCAAGUAACCCCCCCAGGUCAACCUAAUCAACCUCCUAAAGAACCUAAUUUGAUGCCUGUGCCAUCUCCACAGCAAAUACAGUACCUUAACACUUUUGAAGGGCAAGAACUCACCAUUCAAAAGCAACCAAAUACAAGUCUGAAAGAGACCACCACCAGUAUAAGAUCACCUUCCCUUCCUCAGACAAGUGUGGAGUCUACUUUACCUACCAACACUGAAUCAUCAUCUGCUAAUAGGAUUUCUGGGCCAGGAACACCACUCACCCCAACUUCCUUGGAAGCUGCUCCUCGAUUCAAUUCUUCUGGUGAUUUGACCAGAUUCCCUGUUCCCAGCCCCCACACACCAAGUUCAACUCAGAGUGAGGGUAAAAGCCAACAAAGGUUUUCAGGACCAAGCCCCCAGACGCAAGGUCCUCGCACUCCGGGAGUAGAAGCAUCAAGUAAACCAUCCACGACAGAAGUAACGCCUCAGUUUCUCAGCUCGAGUCCGCAAACAGAAGGCAUGGGACCACCAAGAAUCCCCAACUCUGGGGCAGGAAAUGGACAGACACCGACUUCACCUGUGCUUUGCAGUUCAACUCAGAACUUUAUGCAGCAGACCAGCCCCGCUGUACCUGGAAUGAAAGUGCCGGCACAGUUCUUGGAAGUUUCACCGACUGGUAGCUCAGCCCCUGUGGAAGUUUCCCCAACAGGGUCUGGUUUCUCAUGUGUGCGUUCUGAAAAUUUGCCCCUGAACCCUAACAGUGGCAGUGGUAUAAUUUGCAAUGGAAAACCAGCACAUUUUGAUCCAAUUACAUCCAUGGCGCAAAUGAGCCAACAGUUGGCUAACAGUGUUGCAAACUCACCAAAUGGCCAGAGUUCUGGUCUCAUGACUGGUAUUGGCAAUGCAUCAGGUGUGGGUGGAAUGAUUCCUUUCAGUUCAGGUAUGCAUCAGCUACAAAUGAAUGAAAUGGGAAACUGCCCUGGCCUGCCAGAUCCACAAACAGGACCAUCCAACUUUGUGGGUAUGCAAAUGCAAACUGCUCCUCACUCUUACAGCCCUAAUUCCAACAUGGGUGUUGGUAUAGUGCCACAAUGUAGUGGUGGUGUAAACACAACACCUAGCUCAAACCAGCCCAAUGUGCAUACAAACAGUCCAGUGUCUCCUAAACCAGGCAACAUGAUGAUGGGUUUGGUUUCAUCACACAAUCCUGCUUCAUACCCUGGUAGCUCUGUUCCUCAGCGAAUGCUGGGACGUCCUCCUGCUCCAAAUCCUUACUCUGGUGCUAAUAUUCAGGUCAAAGCAAGUGCUCCAAAUACUAUUCAAUACCUUCCUGCAAAACCACAAUCAGGUAAUUCUGGCCCAAGGGGGCCACCGAGUCUAGAUUUCUUACAGCGAUUUGCCAGCCCACUACCGAAUCUCGACACCAAAGUUCCCUCACAUAACCUGCAAUAUUUUCCUAAUGGUGGUCCGCCAAAUACUCCAUCUAUGGCUUCGAUGAAUAUGUCUUUGAACAGGCCUAAUUGUGUGGUGAGUGGUAUGAAUCCUCAGCUUGGUGGCAUGGGGCCAAACUGUGGUCCUGCUGGACAUAUGGCUAUGAACGGGUCAAUGAUGGGACCUAAUUCUCCGAUGGUGAACAUGAAUAUCUCCAUGUCUACAAACAUGGGCAUGGGUCCUGGCCCUGGUACAGGGCCGAGUCUGGCACAAAUGCGAGGUGGCUUACGGCCUAGUGGCAUGAUGAGGAUGCAGCCAAUGGGGGGCUCUCUGUUUGGGAUCCCAACUGGUCCUGGUCAACCUGUUGAUCAGAUUUUUUCACCAGGACCAAACAAUGCUCCGAACUCUCAGAUGUUUGUGCCCGGUCCGAAAUCAUCUCCAUUAAGUCUUGGAGGUGCCCCGGAUGCCAGCCAGCCCCUUCCUCCAUCAAUGGGUCAGUCAAAUAGUUUUAAAAACUCACCUUUUAUUGGCCCAACAACUGCUGAUCCCAAUUAUGCUCAACAAUUUCAUAAUUUCCAACAACAGUUAUAUGCGACUAAUACGAGAAGCCAAGUAAAUAAUCCUUCAAUGGGUCAAAACCAAUCUUUCUUCAUCCCAAAAUGAAAAUGAAAAUUUAAAUUUUACCACUGCAGGAUUUACAACUACUUCCUACAUGUGCAGUAAAAUGUCUGACUGUGAUCAAUUCAUCCAGUUUACCUUAGCCAGUUUGCAAUGUGAUAGUCAUGCAAUGGCAAAAUGUGACUUGGUUGCUGUUAAAUUGGUAGCCAUGCUGUGAGCAAUAAUUAUUAUUGUUUAUGGUUUGCAUAAAAUAUAAAAUGGGUUAAUGUCAGAUUUGCCACAUGUUUAACUUCAUGUUAAAAAAUUUUUUAUAAUCUUGAAGAAAAUCACUCUACGUUUUAGUAUUUGGAUUAACAGUUACUAUAUGUGUAUACACACAUUGUUUACUAAAUGAAAUAUAAAUGGCAAUAAGUAUGCUCCUAUUAUAGCUACAGACUUGGGCUGUUGUAAUUAAAACUAACAUCAGGUUUAAUGUUGCUUUUUUGAAGUAUACUUCUUUAGGGGCAUCGAGGGUGAAAUUGUAUGCAACGAAAUGUGCAGAUACCAUGCAAUUGAAAUUUAACAUAAUGAAGUCUAAUGCACAUGUAUGUUUUGUCCAGUUGUGUUCAAAUGCAAUAUUUACAACAUACCUCAUGGUUUAUUUUCAAACUAAUAAAAAUAGUCCAUAUUACAAACAAAUUGAAAGCAUGUUCAUAUGUAGGGUUAAUACUGAACUAAUUUAUAGCUACAGCUACUAGUACCUUUCUUUUUAAUGCUAAGACCAGAAAACACAGUUUUUGUAUUUGGUUUUCUUACAAUUUACUAGCCAAGAAAUUUUUGUUAGAACAUUCAUGGCAUCAUUGUUAUUUACCACUUGGUUGGUUCUCUUUAAUAUGAUAAAUGCUGCACUUUCUCUUUUUUUUAAUGUUAACUAUAUGCAUUAUUUAAUCAUGACAGAAAAGUAUUAAUUCUAAUGUCUGUACAUAAGUUGACGCAUCAUUUUUUUAAGUUUUAUUAUACAAAAUUAUGGUUUUGUAGAAGUUUAUAAAUUUUUUAAAAUAAUGUUUUUUUUACAGAUUGUUUAAAGAACAAACAUAUACGUACCAAAUUUUCAUAUAUAUAAAUAUUUUGUUAUAUUUAUGAUGGAUUCACAAAUAUGUCUAAAAGUUUAUACACCGGUAUUAACAUGCUGCCAUUCACAUCCACAUGUACAUAGUGUAGCUGAACCUGGGGCCUUGACUAUGUCUUCAAAACAAAACAAAAAAAAUUUUUAAAAAAUGUUUUUGAAACUUUUUUUAGGAAUUUUAAAUACAAUUGUUUGUAACUUAUUUUCCAAGAAACCAAAAUAUUAACCUCUAAUUGCCAUAAACAAUUUAAAUACUACUACUUAUUUUUGAUAUUGAUUUACUAAUUGCAACUAAGUGUGGGAAGUUUGAUCCACUAUAAGGUAAGCUUGACACAAGUUGGCAAAUUACUGGGAAUAAUGACUGCAUUGCACGUUAAUGGUAACUGCAUGUGCAUGUAGAUUUACAUCUAGUUAGUAUUAAUAAUAAAAUUAUAACUAUGCAAUACAAUAUAUGAAAUAAUUUUUACCAAACAAAUCUCUAAGGUAUUAAAGUUUACAUGGUAUGAAAAAUCAUAAAUUUUAUAUUUAAUGCUACACAUUCUACUACCACUUGACAUAGGUAAUGGCAACUAUACCACAAAGUCUUCUUCUUGUACAACACAUAUGUCCUCGAAUGGUGGAUACACAAAAGAAUGACUUGACUUCUUACAUGGCAAAAAUUUUAUAUCAAACUCAAUUAAUAAACUUUCCACUUUGAAACUACUCUGCCAACAUAAUGUGUUACCAUAUGUUUUUAACUAAAUCUAACCAACACAAAAUCACUACAUUCAAAUCCAUGACACUUGCUCAUUUUCACUAUUAUCAGUAGUAAAUGUCUACACUGUCAGUUAAUGAUGCACAUGGUACCAGCCUUAUUAAUAUUUCUUGCACUUUCUUCUCUUGAGCCUGUUCUGUUUUCUUCUUCUUUUUCUUGCCACACUGCAAAUAUCUCUUCAUUUUUAGUUUUAGAGUGACCAAGUCUUAGCCCACCUCUUGCAGUCUCUCUUGAAUGAGCCUUUGGAAAUGGACAUAAAUCUUGUGGACUAAUAACCUCAGUGUGAGAUCCUUGUGUGGAAGUUAUCUGGCUUGACACAUCCAUAGUGUGAGUACAAGAAUUACCAUUAUCAUAUGAUUGAGGGUGAGAUCUGUCAGUCACAUUGGCACCUAGGAACUCCAAAUCUGCAAUUAUGUCGGCAUUAUAUGGAUAAUUUCUAGUACUUUAAAAGCCUUUUAUAAUGUUCUCAGGAUUCAAUGCUUUAGGAAAGGACUGUCCAAUAAGAGCAGGAAUGUCUUGAAUAUUCAUUGGUUGUGCUGGGUGGUUGUAAUAAUUUUUAGAUUGACCAAAAACAGUUUGGUCAAUUGGCUGUAUUUGUGACUAGUUUGUGGCAGAAGUGUAAGUUGUAAUGUUAUACCAUGAUCUUUACAUUUCUGAAUGCAAUUGGUGUGACGUGGCUAUCGUGAUUAUCCACUAUUACAAAAACUGGGUUUUCAAUUGAAGAUUUGCUGAAUCUAUUAAAGUGAUCUCAAUAUUUCUGAAAAUUUUCACUGGUCAUCCAUCCACUAGGGUAGCAGAUGGAAGUUGAACAGAAUGGUGCAUCAUAGCAUCAGGUACUUGCAGGCGUGAAAAAACAAAGAAUGGUGGGAUUGUGACACCAAUUGCUGAAAUUGCACAACAUACUGUGACAAGCAUUCCCUGUUCACCACUUGUUACUUUCCAAACUUGUUUUUCUCCUUUCUCUGUUAUAAUUUUGCCAGGUUUAUGGACAUGCCAACUCCACUCUCUUCAACAUUGAAUAUUGAUUGUGAGCCAAAUUUAUAUUCAGCAAUACUUCUUGCAAAUUUUUAAAAAGCUUUGUCAUGAUGUAGAACAACUCAGGCUGGUUGCUUCAGGUCUUCUAAGUGAUAAGUUUUUGUGUCUGAGCAUGAAUCGUCGCAGACAAUCAUAGGUAACCAUUUUAGUUUUGUAUUAGUUAUCAGAUAUUGGCCAAAUACAGAAACAAACUCUUUAGCUGUUUUUUUGGGUUAGUCUGUAGUGUAACUUGGCAGACAGUAUUAAAUUUUCAUGUAGCAAGUUUUCCAAUUCAUUGGAGAACCCUUGAUCCGUGUUGUAGUUGGGUUCCAUACUAACUAUAUCUUUGUUUUCACAGUGAUCAUACUUUUUUACAUAAUGAUAUAAAGUCUUACGAUCAGAAUUUAAUUUUUUUGCUGCUGAUAGAACACUGCAGCAUUCCUCAACCACACAAAACCCUGUUAAAUGAAUUAUUUCAGACAAUUGUUUCUUUUGAACUCUUUUUUCGGCUUUCAAAUGAACAACAUUUUGAAAUACAUAAAAAAUAUGUGUAUGUAUGUAAUAUAACUAUAGCUUCAUUUUCAACAUACCAAGGGAUAAAUUUUUGAAAAUUGUUAUUAAGAAAAUAAAAUAACAUUAGUGUUUAUAACAUGAACAAUUGGAAAUUUUAUAUCCAUGCAAACUAAAAUCAUUUAUAACUACCUAACCUUAAAUAAUACACUUUUUUGAUAAUUUUGAAUUACUUAACCAAAAAUAUGAAAUGUGGGAUUUUUAUUAUCAACUUAACCUCAGUAAUAAAAAGGUUAUAUUAUAAUUAAAUUUGCUAGGGGAGGCUUGACCAUUGGCAAGUGUGGGAGAGAGGGUUCCAUAUUUGUCCAUUUUGUUGUUUAGCUUAAAUAAAACAUUAAAACUUUGACAUGUUAAAAAGUGUUAUGCAUCUAAUUGUAGUUAAUAUAUAAUGCAAUGUUAUAGGCAUAAAUAAAUUGUAUUAUAUUACAAACUAUUGUUGAAAAAUACAUGAAAAGAUAAACUUUUCUAACCCCACAGCUCAAUCAUUACAGUGAGUUUUCCCUCCAAAUAUCGUCAGAGCAGCUAACAUUACUGUAGGAACUUAACAAAAUUCCACCACUGGGACAAAAAUGUCACUUACAUUGUAAAUAUCAUGUCAUUUUUCUCUUUUGGUUAAGAUUCCUCAGGUUUCCCGACAUAAUUAUGUACAUGAGCCAGUAGCUCAACUGUCAACUUGUAUUUGCGUUCAAAUAUCUUAUAUGCACUAGUCUAGUGAUUGAGGAAAUGGACGCAGAUGCCAUUUUCACCAUCUUUAUGCACUAAAACUUUAAGUAGUACACUGAAUUAAAAUUUAGCUUCCAAAUAUUAUUUAGGUUGAAUUUUUUUGUGGUAUAUUUAAUAUUUGUCUGCAGUUUAGAAUUGUAAUUUAUUGGUUUUUAAAGGACUGAUUUGCAGGUAUGAAAUUUACACAUAUUAUUUACAUACUAUAACUUUAUAAAUAAAUUUAUUUCCAUUGUUUCAAUAAUUAUAGUCAAAAAGUGUUAAAUAUUAUUUGGAAUAUAGUAUAAACUAUUAAUUGAAUCAAUUUUUACUGAAAGGAACAAAGUAUAUAUUUCUUAUUUUUCAGGAGAGGCAAAAACCUGACUGGAUCCUUAUCUUAUGUAAAUUAUUUUCUAUUUUCAAUUUUUUUUUCUAUGUAUUGCUGAUAGAAUGGAAGCUAAAACAAGAUAAUGAUCAUGCAUUUUCAUACUAAAACAUUAUUUUUUUUUUUUUUUAAUUUUGACUAUUCCUCAAAACAUUGCCAUACAUGAUAAAUUAUCACACAUAGAUGAGAGUUUUUUCUAUAUUUACAUAAAGAAUAGCCUAAAAAUGCAUUGACUUCAUAACGCACAAAGUAAAAAGUAAUAAAUCCAAACUUUUUUUUUAACAAAAAUAAUACUUGCCAUAGGUACUUCAUCAGAACAUUGUACCCGUAUUAUGUGUUAACACAAAAAAAAUCCCUUGUAAUAUUGACCAUACUACUUACACGCAUGAAGUAUUAACAUUUAACUUCUCUCAAGCUUACAAUACACUUUAUAAUACUUAUACUACAAGUGCAGCAAUGGUUUAUCAGAAAACGAAAAUAAAAAAUGUCACGUUUCAUUCAGCAAAACGUUAUUUUCGAGAAGUGUGCCACAAUAGUAUAUUUCAAUAAAACUGUUCGCUCUCCACACUGUGGUCCACAUACUUAAGCAACUCUUGUACAUUAUAUAUUUUCUUAUCAUUAAUUGGUUAUUUAUCUUCUAGGAUAGGCUUUGGCUGGAUUCAUAGCUAAGCUUGUUUUAAUAUGUGGCUUCCUCAAAACAAAUGCAUACUGUACCAAACAACCAACCAUAACAACACAUGUUUGGUCUAAUGAAUAGCAGAACUCCUUAAAAACUGAUGGAGUAAAGUACUGCUUGUUCUUUUAAAGAACAUUUUUUAGAUGUUAUCUCCUCUGAAAUUCAUGUCUUUUUAUAAAAUUCUGUCCAAUCUAUGAAAAUUACACAUUUGUUUUCUAUUGACUAUUUGUAUAGUAACAUUUUUCUUACUCUUUGCCAUUAUUUCAACGUACAUCUUUGGUGUAAAAAAAACAUGGUCAUGCCACUUGAUUGCUGCAUGAAAACUCCAAACUCCAGGUCACAUGGGAGGAACAGGAAAUUGAUGUUCUAUUGUUUUCAGAGUAUUAGCUUUUGUGAAACCCAGCAUGUCCUUUAUUAGUGUGUGGUUCUUGUUUUGACCUGUGGCAUCAUCAGAAAAUAAAUGUAGGUCAGUUAUUUCUUUAGACAUAUGAUUUUGGAGUAGUCUAGAAUAGCAGUUCCAAAUUUUUUUGGCCAGGAAACCUGAUUGACAUUUCUUUUGCGGAACCCCAACUACUUCAAAGAAAGUUAUUUGACAAUAAUUGUGCCUGCUUUAUAUGACUCACGGAACCCCUGUGACACCUUUUGGGAACCGCUGGUCGGACAUAUGAUUCAUGGAGUAGUCAUACAAGAAAGAAGACUUCAUUAUUCUACCUACUCCUUAAUGUUAGAUGUACAGACUAGUACGGCUUAAAUACUUAACCUCUUUGCCUCCAUAAUGGGUUUCUUUUACUGGGUAUGACAUUAUAUGAUUAUGAAUCAACCGUUGUAUCCCAUGAGAUGUAGCAUUUGAGGCUGAAUUCUGUUCACAUGCAUCUUUUGGUGUUUCUCUAUCAAAACGUAGUUCUGUCAGUCCAAACACAUGCUUUUGGGUAGUAAUAGAGUGAAGAUUAGAAACGGUUUCUUACACAUCUUUACUUGUUGCUGCCUACUUGAACAUUUUAGUGGAAUGAUGCUGCUCUUACCCUACUUUCAGGAUUUUGGUAUGCUUCUGCUCUGCAUCUUUCUUGAUUCAUAACCUUAUCAAGGGACUCCAAGAACUUGGCAAGUAUGUUGGUCUUGUCUUCUACAGUAAAAGGAGAGCAACAUUUUGUGCGGCAACUGUUACAGACAGUGAAAUUAAAUAUUUAAAAUUUGGUUUAGUAUUAAUAUGUAUGAAGUUUUUAGCAUUACAACAAGCAAAAUAUACUUGCCUGCUGUCAAGGCAAAAUAUCUUUCCUGGAACAUUUUUUCCACAUGUUUAACAUAAGGUAAACCCUUCAUUAUCCCAUUUUUCACUUUAGUGCAUUUGUAUUCUGCAUCGUUUCAUUUACAUUUAGGUGUCUUUUUUUUUGUGCCAAUGGAAUUGUCCUUUUAUAUUAUUAACUUAGAUUAUCACUAUUCACACCACAAACUGUCAGUUAACGCUUAACAUCAUAUAACAAACAGCUGACAAUAAGCCAUAGCGUAGUUAAGUUUGUAGGUAUGGUUAUAAAUAGAGAAUCUUAAUAUAAUUUCACUUGUUUUUCAACCCAGCACAAUGUUGUGAAGCCCAGUAAAUAGAGAAUGUCAAACUUACUGGUUACCAUUUUUUUGCAUGUUCAUUUGCCUAGUAGUUUUCUAUAAUUUUGAAUUUGCUGUAUUUUCAGCAUUUGUUACAUAAAUGUUCAGGGACAAUUUUUGUAGUGUUUUAAGGCCUUCAAAGUGUCACUGUCACAAAUGUUGCAGAGGAACGAACUAAAUCAGUGAAUGCUGCAAAUGUUGUGGAGGAAUGGACUUAGUUUUUUUAGUGAAUUUCUCCUAAAAACAUGUUCAAUUGCCUCGAUAUUUCUCACUGCAGGGUAUACCUGACUUAAUUAUUUUCCCGACAAAAUUAUGUGUCUAUGGUUAAAUAGUGGGAUUCUUCGGUAAAUAAAAAAAAAUUGAAAAGUUAACUUGGUUCUUUUUAGUAGUAACUAAUUCAGUUUUAAUAAUUUACCACAUUUAAGAAUUUUUUUAUUUCUCAGAAUUUUUCUAUACCUUAAAAGUUACAUGGUUACGUACUUGAAUGAACACUCCCUAGAAAAUUAUGCAUUUGUGCAUAUAAAUAAGUUGUGAAUCCAUCAUAAGUGUUUACUCUAAAAAUAAGAAACUGGUUUAAUAAAGCUAACUUAUGAGUUAUAACACAAGCAUCCAUAUAUAGUAUUUCUUUACUUUAAUUCUAAAAGUUUAUUUAUUUUGUGCUUCAUUGAAUGUGGUAGAACUGUAACUAAUUUCAGUCCAUUUUAUAAGGCUUAGUAAAAUAUUUCAAUUUACAUGAGUAGAUAAGUAUGCGAGUCAAUUUAACUGACAGCCAUACAGAUGUGAUAGGAGGGACUUUAAUAAACCAACUAAUAACAAUUCACCAUUUCAGGUAAUAUCCUUACUGAAUUUAUCUUCAAAUUUCAAACUAAUUAAUUCUCUGAAAAUGAUGUUCCCUCAUUAAUGCCAGAACAAAAUUUCCUAUGUAUGUAUGUAUUUAUUUUAAUGUUAUAGGCAAAUUUUACUUUCAAAAAUCACUGCCCUCUAAUUGAAAUUAAUAUAUGUUUGAAUUAACUACUGGCAUAUUUUAAUUUUAUUCAAUUCAACCCUGGUUGUAUGUAACUUAUAUUUUUUUAGCAUGUGUAAAGCCUUCAUUAAAGCAUGCACAAAUAGCACGCAUCUCUAGAUUGAAAAUAAAAUUAAAGGCCUCGCUACAAUAUGACGGUCCUCGGCCGUGAUACUACUUGCCACUCCCAAUUCUGGAAGCUGAUUGGACAUUAAGCUACAGUCGGAGUGGCCAACUUUUCAUCUUUAGGGCCUUCAGCAGGCAGACAGGGCAUGCAUGAUUGGCCGUUGUUCUGUGACGUGACAAUUGAUGUACGCCAAAUACAAGAACUACCCAUAAGAAAAAUAAUUUAGGCAUGCUGAAAACAUAUUUAAUGAAAUAAAAACACAUGAACAACGAAAUAUCUUGUCUAGUUAAAACAAGCUUACUGGCAAACUUACAUUGGCUGAAAAUGUGUUUGUUGACAUAAACAAGUGGUUGCUGUCACAUAUAUGUUAUUAUCUUAUAUUAAUAUGUGCAAAAUUUAUAUAAAAAAAUAUUGGAAAAUUUUUAUAAAAUUAUAAAAUGUGUUGCGAAUAGUAAACAGAAGCUCAAUAUUGAAAAAGCUUUUUUUUUUUUUACAAAUAACAUAAUUAUGCAAGUAUUUGAUGAGAUUGCAAAAACACAUACAACCAAUAUAUUUUCUUUAUUUACAGACUCAAGAAACUGAAUAGUGAGGGAUCGUAGCAAACGUUAGCAUUAUUUUGUUGAGUAGUGCUUGUCUGCCUUUUGUAUCUUAGUCUGUAAUUCAUAGUGUUAUGGGGAGUGACGAAGCUUAUGAUAUAAAUACGAUCACCCUACCAACUGUAUUACUGCGUGGAACUAAGCUCACCGUGCAAGCACCAGCAUCUGUUAUAGCACGCAAACACUUGGGACCAGCACUACGCCUGCAGUGUCACAGUAGUGUUCGCCAACACCGUCCUAUUGCAGCAGGGCGGAAAAAUGUACUUUUGUUUACAUUGACAUUUUUAAUAGUGUUUUUAGUUAGGAAAGUAGUUUCAAUAUUGUGAUUUUGUUUUACUUUAUCAACAGUUUUGAGAAGAUUUUCAUAAAGAAAAUUGUUGAUUCUCAUUUUGUUGAACUUAAAAAAAAAGGCCAGAAUUAAAUUUUUUUUCUUACGCAAUCCAUUUAUAAUUUUGUAUUGUAGUUUUAUUACUUAUACAAAAAAUUUCAAAAUGUUUCUUACAUCACACUGGCUUAAGUAAUGUGUAGUCUUUGUGUGUGCAUGCAUGCUUUGAAUUAUUAAUGUGAAUAACUAGUUCUACCCUAAAAACCUUUUUUACAUAAUUAUUUUAAGUCACCAGUGAUUGAACAUUUAAGAGCUCAACUUUUUCUCACAUAUUGGUGUACAUACACUCAUUUUACCAGCUCAUAACAGCAGCCUAAAUUAUUUACUUUCCAAAUAUUUUCUUACUGCAUUUGUCAGUGAAGUAAAAUUGAUAAGAUGUAGUUUGAAACACUCAAAUAUUAAUUGAAUUUUUACAUAUAAAUUUUUUAAUUUAUACAUUAAAAAUUUUGUUGAAAUACUUAGUUUUUGUUCACAUUUUCUGUUUGGUGUACUUGUGUGUUGGUAUCCCUGUACAUUUACAUUAAUUAGAAUUUUUUUUUAAUGCAAGAGUCACUCUAAUUUCUUAAACUCUAACUUAGCUUUUUCCUUACAUAUCUAAAAACUAACUAUUUUAAGUGUUUUAGACUAUAUGCAAAUAAAACUGACUGCUAAAUAAUAAUUAUUUUUUAGAUGUUCUUUUGUAAUUAAUAAUUUUUGUAAGCAUAUUACAUUUUUUUUUACAUUAUUAACCAGCCCAAUUAUGUACCUUUAAUAGGAGUUCAUGCAUGACCAUACUAAAUUUCAACAGUAAAUAUGAUUGGAAAUCAUUUUUACAUUUCAAAAAAUUUAAUACACAAUAUAGAGAAAAAAAAUUGACGAGGUAAACAAGGUUCGGUUUAAGUUUCAGUGGUCAAAUGCUAAAAUGAUCAUUUUUUAAUUGGUGUGGUUGUUGUUGAUGUCUAGGCUAAGAGUAACGGGGUCCUCCAAAGUACUGUAAAAUUACUUCUAUACCAGUGAUAGAAACUACUGGAAAUUUUCAUGUGAAGUGGAUUCAAAACUUCAUUUGCUACAUUUUGAUCCACUUUGGCUUAUGUGCCUUAGUGUAUUAUAUCACUAUUGACUUUUUUCACAACUGUAUUGUUACAAAUUAUUUAAAUAUAUUGCAGUAUGAUGUUUUUUUUAUUUUUGCUAAAACAUACCAUGCUUGAAUGUAAAUACUAAUUUCCGUGAUCUUAUUUCCUAAAUCAAUUAUUUUUAAAGAUUAUUAUUGUUCGAGGUGUUGAAUUUGGUCAAGUACAGAUUUUGGAACUUGUAUCCAAUGACACCAGAGAAGAGUGUGCAAUGGUAUUGUAACAAGUGUACAAAUGUAAUAAUAUCCAGUUAAAGUGUUUAGGUAAAGAAAUAGUUAUAUACUGACUGAAUGAAUUAGUACAUUUAACACAUUUGGUAAUCAUGUGAUGUAAAUAUGUAAAAUACAUUGAAAUAUUUUAGAUAUUGCAUAUGGAUGUAAACAUAAAGUUCUGUUGUAUUAACAGUUCAAAGUUGUGAAAAAAAUGACUUCCUGAUUUUCUUACAGUUUUUAUCCAUGUUAAUGAAUUAGAAGUGGUUAUAAAAAAGUACUUUUAGACAAUGGACAAGAGCUAAGUGAGUUUAACCUUUGUUUUUCAACUGUAUAUCUUAUGUGCAAUCAUACUCUUAAGUACAGUAUCCAUCUUAGAAUACAUUGACCAUGACAUGUCACAAGCCUUGAACUUAAACAUUAAACUCACCUUGCGGGGUUUGGGCUAGAAUCACAGUCAAAUUUCCCCAUAGUUUUCCAAAUUAUUUCUAUGCCGAUAGUGGAUUGGUUCCUUACCAUUGCCCAGGUAAUUUUCUUUCCAGAUUGCCCUGCAUUGUGUUUUAUAUGUCCUUGCUGUUAACUGAAAUUGUCAAUAUAAAUUUAGAAAAAUAUCACACAUAUUUGUAUAUAUCUUGAUAUUAAAAUUACCUUGAUUUUUUUUUUUCAUUGGAGACACAUUUUCUAGUUUUUUUUUUUUUAUCAUGAGUUUGAGAUAGAGUAUGAAGUAGGGUGGGUGUGAAAUGUGCUGUUGUUGACCCCUCCACAUCUACCAUUUAUAUCUGAUGCAUGACAGCCACCUUCUCUAUUUUUUUUGUUCCAAUGUUCCUGACUUUAUAUUUGUGGUGCAUAAGAUACUAAAAACAGAAACUCAUUUCAUAAUUACUUUUAACCAUUAAUUUACAACUUAUAACUUUUUGAUUUUCCAGGAAAUUUACAUAUUAUUAAUAUUAAUCCUUUCAGAAAUUAAAACUAGAAUGCUUAAUGUAUACAAUAUUUACAUUUUUCUUUAAAAAAAAAAUCCAAGGCAAUGUGUGAUACAAAAUAUAGUUUGAAUAGCAACAUUAAUCAUGGGUUACUAAUGCUAUUUAAAAUUAUUCGUCAUGGAAAUUCCUUUUUUCAACCAAUACCAAAAUUCAUUGCAUUGAUUUUUAUCAACCAAGCAGUGUUAAUAAUUGAUAUAUGAAUAAAUAUGUUUUUUAUUUCAAUUAUCAUAUAAUGUUAAUUGAUUUAUCUUAUUUUUGGAUGUCUAUAUUUUAAGGGUUUAUUUAUUAUUUUUUGUCUUUUUUUUAUAUUGUGCAGCAAAUCAACAACAUAGAUCAUAUCUUAUUUUUUCAACUAAAUAAUAAAAAAACUAGGCAUGUAGGAAUUCUUUUAAUAUUAUAAUGUUUAUAAUAUAUAUUUAGUAUAAAUUUUUAUGGUUCAUGAAUGACUUCCAAGCAAAACAGCUGUUGGCUCUGUAUUUCAUGUACACAUUUUUUUGUAAAUAAUUUAUAGUUAAUAUGACAAGUGUAACUAAUUUAUUGGCUAUCAUAUUCAUUUAGUAAAAAUUACGUCCCCAGCACUGUUUCAAUAAAAGCAUAGAACAUAUUUACUGGAUUUUAAGUUUUUUUUAAAAUUAAGUAACUUAGUUUUAAAAUCUGGAGUAAUAUAUCUGGACAUUAUAUCACACUUUUCUGUAUUUAUUUUGGAAUGAAUAGUUUUUUUUUUUUUUUUUCAAUGAUAGCUGUGAUUUUUUACAAGAUGCUUAAAAUUUUUAUGUGCACCUUUUUUAGUUGUUGAUUCUGUAUAAUCAAAAAAGUUAUAUUUUUAUCAUGCAAAAAAUUUGUUAAAAAAAUUUUUCCCUUCAUCAUGAGUAAUAGGGACUGGUAAAUGUUGUUUUGUAAUGCCAGGAAUUGAUACAGUGUAAUCUGGUAAUAUAUGUUCUGGCACAUUCUGUAAUCCAACACCAGUUGAACCGCUCUCAUUUAGAGUUUUCCUGGUGUAUUCCAGUUGUUGAUGUUGGCUACCAGGUUUCAUUACUGCACUGCUUGCUGUUUUAGUUCACUCAGUUUAUCAUUAUCGUUGCUUCGCUUUUCAGUGUUUUUCCCUUCUUCUAGCGGGGUACAUUUGUCGUUUGAUAUAUCAUUGAUACAUUUCCGUAAUGAUUUUUUAAAGAAGACCAUUGCUCAUCUGUGGUUUUUUCUUCCUAUAGAGCAUCUUACUUUAACUUGUUUUAAAUACUAUUGUACUUCAUAUUGAUUUUUUUUUAGUAGUUCUGUUAAAACUGUAUUGACAUUCAAUAAUCCAGCAAAAUUACUAAUCCAAUGUGUUCAUGUCCCCAAACCUACUAUAUGUUUUUUUUUUACCAAAAAAUUAAUUUCAUGUAUGAAGGAUACAGUGGAAAAAAAUGUUUUUAAACAGAUAAGUAAUCUAUAUUAUUAUUAGACCCAAGUGAUUUUUCAAAGAAUUGGGGUACAAUAACUGUAAAAGUUUAAUUAAAAUAAUGUGCUUUCAUGUCGGUAUUCUUUUAGGUAAACCGUAAAUUACAUUAGUUCUAGCAUUGUGUGCAAGUUUUACUACAGUAAAAUAUCAUGCCUGUGCCAGUAACCAAUGUUUUACUAUAGCUAAUUGAAUACCUUAGUGACCUUUAGCAGAAAUGAAAACUCAAAGUUAAUAACAGUCCACCAAUAUUAUCAACUCAUGAAUUUGACUUUCACAUUUGAGGUUAGGUUAAACACCUCUAUAUAAAAUCAGUGGCUGCAUGAGCAAAUAAAUUGUUUGUUUGGUUUGUAUGUAAAUAAAAGUAUGUGAUCUUCAAGGGAAAUUAAAAAUAAGAGUAUGCGUUACUAAUUAUUUCCUCUCUCAUCAAUAACGUGCAACUUAUAGUUUACUGAACACAAAAAAUUAAGUUGUUUGAAAGUUACAUUGAAGAGAUUUUUUUUUUCUUAAAAAAAUUGGAAAAUGUUUAUUAUGCAGUUUCUUUUUUUGUACGAAUCAUCCAAGAUUUCCAAUAUUUUUGGUGUAAAACAGCACAAAGAAACUGUGUGUAUAGGCUGCUAAUUGAACUUUUUCCCUUAAGAGGCCGUGUCAGUAAAUGUUUAUUUCCAAUAUUCUGCUCUAGAAGUUCUCUCUUUUAACAGUGAGAUUUAGUGGCUUUUUCAACCGAAGGAACUGUAGCCGCAGCGCGUGAUAAAGCUACUAUACCCUUAUCACAUGAUUAGUGGGAAGGUUGACAGCUCGAGUUUACUCGACGAAAAAUGUAUCUGGUUCCUCGACAAUCUGAGAGGAUGACAAUCUGACCGGCGGCUCACUAGGAAAUUGCAGAUGCAGGGAUUCAGAAUCAAGAAACCUCACUUUAACAAAUGUAGUAUGAGUCGUAUCUAAAACUAAAACUAAAAAUUUUAAUACUUUAAACGUAUCGGAAUACAAUUAAUCUUCAAACAUGUGGUAAUUAUUCUUUAUCUGGAUGUAAUAGUCC